AUGACUGAGGAGGAGAUUGUUCGUACUUUCAUCAAGGCUCAUGAUCCACCUUACUUUGAAGAGAUCUUUCGCAUGACUGGAAGUUCGUUUACUGCUAUUAUUAACAAGUUGGAGGAAUACGAUGAGUUUGUCAAAACAGGAAAGAUUAUCAAUGUAUCGUCAUUAAAAUUGCAAUUGGAUGCUCUACAAAAUCAAAACAGCAAUGGAAAAAAGCCCCCAUUCAAGAAGAAGCAAGGAGAAACUACUUUUAUAUGGGAUCAAGGCCCUUCUUUCAGACCCAGAAUCCGAAACCAUCCCACCUAUUCUUUAAAAGCAGCUGGAAAAAUUGGCACCGUUCCUCCUAAACUUUAUCCCAAAGGCAUUCCUCCAGGUUAUGAUGCGCAGGCAAUUUGUGCUUAUCAUUCUGGAAGUCCAUAUCAUACCACUGGCAAUUGUUGGGUUUUAAAACAUAAGAUUCAGGACAUGAUUGACUCUGGAGACAUUCUUCUCAGAAGAAAUGGAGAACAAGGACCGAAUCUCAGUAAGAAUCCUUUACCUGAGCAUGGGAGCACUGUGGGAGUUAUCAUCGCUGAUGGAGAUUUUAUCGAUCCCACUCAGUACAUUGUAGAUGAAAUUAAGGUGUUUGGCAUAAUGGAGGCUGAUCACGUGAGAAUGAGAAAGUUAUCUUCUGUUGAAAAGUCCAUGGCCAAUGAUAAUGUUGAGAAAAAGUUGAAAUCUUUUGUAUUUGAAAAAGAGGAGUCAUGUAUAGCGGAAGGGGGAGUUUCUAAGGUUGACAAAUCUCCUUUUAUUCUGGAUCUACCAUCUUUUGAAUGGGAUAUAUCAGAGUCUGUCAUUCUUGAAUUUCCAGAACAAAUGCCUAUUAAUAACUUACAAGAGGUGCCAUGGAACUACGAGGAGUCUAUUCUGCUGGUUGGAGAUAAAAAAUGCUUAAAGGAAGAGAUAUAUGCUAUUACCACGUCUGGGAGAAUCAUGGAAAACUCUGAAAUUGAUGUUCAGUCCAGGGCCAGGGUUAAAUCUCCGACGCCCAAGCCUCGUGUGUUUGAAAAUGAAGCUGUGGAUUUUCUGAACAUGCUAAAGAGAAGUGAAUACAAAAUAGUAGAUCAGUUGGCUAGGAGGCCUACUCAGAUUUCUUUUCUGAAUCUUCUCUUGACCUCUGAGCUACACAGAGAAGCAUUGCUCAAAGUCCUAAAUGAAGCUCAAGUCCCUAAAGAUAUUCCAGUGGAUAAAUUUUCUAACAUCGUGGGGAAUGUACUUGCUGUUAAUCAUAUUGCCUUCUCCGAUGAUGAUCUGACUACAGAAGGGAUCGGACAUAACAGAGCCUUAUAUAUAUCAGUCCGCUGCAAUGGAAAGCUGUUGCCAAGGGUUUUAGUAGAUAAUGGGUCAGUAUUGAAUAUCUGUCCAUGGAACACUCUCACCAAACUUGGAUUUCUUGACAUUAAACUCCGUCCAUCUGCAACUAUGGUUCGAGGAUUCGAUGGGUCAAGAAGGGAAUCUAUGGAUGAGACAGAUCUGGUAUUGGAGAUAGGCCCUACUCAAUUCCAAAUUACUUGCCAAGUAAUGGACUUCUCCAGCGUUUACAAUAUUUUGCUUGGAAGACCUUGGAUACAUACUUCCAAAUCAGUGCUAUCUUCUCUGCAUCAAAUGUUGAGGUUUAUUGCGAAUGAUCAGCUCAUUACUGUGUUUGCUGAGGAUGACUGUACCAUGAUCAUUGAUGCAAAAUUCAAUGGUGAAAACAAAAAAAGAACUCCAAUUUUAUCUCAUCACGUUGCUGACAUCGUCUCUAUGGGAUGGGUGUGA